AUGAAGUGGCUGCUGCUGCUCAGCCUGCUGGCACUCUCUGAGUGCGUCAUCCACAAGGUCCCCCUGGUCAGAAAGAAGUCCUUGAGGAAGAACCUGAUUGAGAAGGGCUUGCUGCAGGACUACCUGAAGACUCACACCCCCAACCUGGCCACCAAGUACUUCCCCAAAGAGACCUUCGCCACGGUGUCCACUGAGAGCCUGGAGAACUACCUGGAUACCGAGUAUUUUGGCACCAUCAGCAUCGGAACCCCCCCUCAGGAAUUCACUGUCAUCUUUGACACCGGCUCCUCCAACCUGUGGGUUCCCUCCACCUACUGUUCCAGUCUUGCAUGCAUCCUGCAUAAGCGGUUCAACCCUGAUGACUCCUCCACCUUCCAGGCCACCAGUGAAACGCUCUCCAUUACCUAUGGCACUGGCAGCAUGACGGGCAUCCUGGGAUACGACACUGUGAAAGUUGGAAGCAUCGAAGAUACCAACCAGAUCUUUGGCUUGAGCAAGACAGAGCCUGGCAUCUUCCUCUUGGUUGCUCCCUUCGAUGGCAUCCUGGGUCUGGCCUACCCCAGCAUUUCUGCCUCUGGUGCCACACCCGUCUUUGACAACAUGUGGAACCAGGGCCUGGUGUCCCAGGACCUCUUCUCCGUCUACCUGAGCUCUGAUGAGCAGAAAGGCAGCCUGGUGAUGUUCGGUGGCAUUGAUUCUUCUUACUACACUGGAAGCCUGAACUGGGUGCCUGUUUCUUAUGAGGGCUAUUGGCAGAUCACCGUGGACAGCAUCACCAUGGAUGGAGAGACCAUCGCUUGUGCAGACAGCUGCCAGGCUGUCGUUGAUACCGGCACCUCUCUGCUGGCUGGCCCCACCAGUGCCAUUUCCAACAUCCAGAGCUACAUUGGAGCUUCCAAGAACCUCUUGGGCGAGAAUAUCAUCAGCUGCUCUGCCAUAGACUCCCUGCCUGACAUUGUCUUCACCAUCAACAAUGUCCAGUACCCUCUGCCUGCCAGUGCCUACAUCCUGAAGGAAGAUGACGACUGCAUCAGCGGCUUCGAGGGCAUGAACCUGGACACCUCCUCCGGCGAGCUCUGGAUCCUGGGCGACGUCUUCAUCCGCCAGUACUUCACCGUCUUCGACCGGGCCAACAAUCAGGUCGGCCUGGCUGCCGCAGCUUAA